AUGCGGAAGUGGGAUAACGACGGGCCGGCUCUGGAGCGGCAGGACUUCUCGGAAGCUUCGGAUCACGACACUGACGUGGAGGUUGUCGACGUGGCAAAGGUGGGGAAGAGCAUGAUGGAUCGCGAAGCUGAGCUGGAAGAAGAGGAGGACGCUGAGUGGGGAGGGGAGGAUGAGGAUGAGGAGUCGGAGGAGGAAGGGGGGAGGGACCGGAAGGGGUCGCGCCGGCACGUGGGUCGCGGGGAUGAUGGCAGUGAGGGGAAGAAGACCGGCUGGCUUGCUUCGGUCUUCCAGAGCGUGGUGGGCAAGGCCUCGCUGGAGCUGGCGGACAUAGAGCCGUCGCUCAAGGUGCUCAAGGAUCGCCUCAUGACCAAGAACGUGGCGGAGGAGAUAGCGGAGAAGCUGUGCCGCUCAGUGGCGUCGAGCCUGGUGGGCAGCAAGCACGCGUCCUUCACGCGCAUCUCCUCCACCGUGCAGGCGGCCAUGGAGGACGCCCUCACGCGCAUCCUCACGCCCAAGCGCUCCAUUGACAUUCUCAGGGACGUGCAGGCGGCCAUGGAGGACGCCCUCACGCGCAUCCUCACGCCCAAGCGCUCCAUUGACAUUCUGCGCAACGUGCAGGCGGCCAAGGAGGCGAAUCGGCCGUACGUGAUGGUGUUUGUGGGGGUGAACGGGGUGGGCAAGUCCACCAACCUGGCCAAGGUGGCAUUCUGUCGGUCGCAGCCUGCUGCCAAGGAGGCAAACCGCCCCUACAUGGUGGUGUUUGUGGGGGUGAACGGGGUGGGCAAGUCCACCAACCUGGCUAAAGCUGCCUACUGGCUGUCACAACCCGGCCCUUUGCAUGGACUCAGCUGCACCUUCUAUUCCUCGUUUCCCUUCUUCCCCUCUCGCCCGCUGUCUUCUCAUCAGGCUGCCAAGGAGGCAAACCGCCCCUACGUGGUGGUGUUUGUGGGGGUGAACGGGGUGGGCAAGUCCACCAACCUGGCCAAGGUGGCCUACUGGCUGUCACAGCACGACAUCAAGGUGAUGGUGGCGGCGUGUGACACCUUCCGAGCGGGAGCUGUGGAGCAGCUGAGGACUCACGCCAGGAGGCUGCAGCACGACAUCAAGGUGAUGGUGGCGGCGUGUGACACCUUCCGAGCGGGAGCUGUGAAGCAGCUCAGGACACACGCCAGGAGGCUCCAGAUCCCGCUGUUUGAGCGGGGGUACGAGAAGGACCCGGCGGCGGUGGCAAAGGAGGCGAUCAGGGAGGCGACGCGCACCAAGAUGGAUGCAGUGCUGGUGGACACAGCCGGGCGCAUGCAGGACAACGAGCCGCUCAUGCGAGCGCUCUCCAAACUGAUUAACAUCAACGAACCUGACCUGGUGGGUGGAUGCUGUCGUGUGUGUGUGGCUCUGGCUAAGAUUUUCCCAGCAAAGGUUCUGUUUGUGGGGGAGGCACUGGUGGGCAACGAUGCAGUGGAUCAGCUGACCAAGUUCAACCAGCGCUUGGCUGACCUCUCCUCUGCUCCCACUCCCCACGCCAUUGACGGCAUUUUACUCACCAAGUUUGACACUAUAGAUGAUAAGGUUGGUGCUGCCCUGUCCAUGGUGUAUGUAUCAGGGGCGCCCAUCAUUUUUGUCGGCUGUGGUCAGACAUACACUGACCUGCGCCGCCUAAAUGUGAAGCACAUUAUCCGUGCGCUGCUGCAGUAG